CUUUUGUGUUGUGGUUUGGAUUUUUUUCAAUUUUUUAAAAAACUCGGCCUCUUCAAAAUUUUGAUUUUCCGGUAUGCGAAUAUGAAUUAUUAUGAUUAUUGAAUUAUUUGCUGAUUAUUGAGUGUUGGAUUAGCUUCUCACGUUCAAAAUGUUUUACCACAUCGCUUUGGAACACGAAAUUCUGUUACAUCCACGUUAUUUUGGACCUCAGCUAUACGAAACAGUAAAACAAAAACUAUAUACCGAAGUAGAAGGCACCUGUACCGGAAAGUAUGGAUUCGUUAUUGCUGUCACCACGAUUGAUAGUAUCGGUUCUGGUAUUGUUCUACCUGGUCAGGGCUUCGUAGUGUACCCCGUUAAAUAUAAAGCUAUUGUAUUUCGACCUUUCAAAGGAGAAGUUUUAGAUGCUGUUGUGACACAAGUUAACAAGGUUGGAAUAUUUGCUGAUAUCGGUCCACUCUCUUGUUUCAUAUCACACCAUUCCAUUCCAGCCGAUAUGCAAUUCUGUCCUACUACCAAUCCUCCGUGUUAUAAGUCGAAGAACGAAGAUAUAGUGAUCCAUUCAGAAGAUGAAAUUCGGUUGAAAAUUGUCGGUACUAGAGUAGACGCUUCAGGAAUUUUCGCUAUAGGCACGUUGAUGGAUGAUUUUUUGGGUUUGGUGUGCAGUUAGUACUAAGCUGGAAAGACUCGUUUUGUUUUUGUUUUAUUUCCGUGUUUAAUGUAAGCUGUAAAUGAAAACUUUUCAUCAUGGGAUCGAUGUUGAGACUUUUGUACAGAGAAUUUCAGUGAAAAUAGCGUAGAUAAUUCAUCUACACUGACUGGUUGUAUGUAUCUAUACAAUAAUUUUGUCUUACUUUAUUGCAACAUAGAUUUUCAGCAUUUAUCUAAAAAUUAAGUAUCCUUGAUUCUUUGAAUUAUUUCGUUGAACUGAGUAGUUGAAAAUAGAAUAUUACAAUGACGUGUGCAUGUAAGAUGAUUUUUUUUGUGUAAUAAAUUUUUCUGCUCUA